UUUUCAGGAAUGACGAUUCACUGUACUUCGUUGGCGCGGUAGAUGAGGUCUUUCUCGUUAAGCUGCACGUGGUGUUGGAAGUAGUUGGUGGCCAUACUGAAAUAUAUUUUAAGAAAAUCGAUAGUUUUACUUCUAGCGUCAUGGUUGUAAAAACUAACAGGCAAACAUUUCAGACAACAAUGGCUAAUAGAAAGAAAGGAGCAAAGGCCACAGAGGCUCUGAAGAAAGAACUGGAAAAGAAAAAGUUGAAAGAGGAAGAAGAGGAGGAGAUGGAAUCAGAAGACUCUGAUGAUGAAAUGGAUGAAGAGGACUCUGACUUUGAUUCAGAUGUUGAUGAUGAGGAAGAGGAGGAUGAAGAAGAUGAGGAAGGUGAAAGUUUUGAAGAAGAUGAAAGUGAAGAUGAAAAAUCAGCCAAAGGUAAAAAGGCCCUAGCAACAAAAUCACCAGGAAAAGCUAUGACACCUGUUCAGAAAAAACAAGAAAAGCUACUGACCCCAGCUCAGAAGAAAAAAGCAGAGACUCCUAAAGGAAAAGCUCAAACACCUGUUGCAAAAAAAGGAAUGAAAAUCAGAGAAAUGGAGGAACAGGAGGAUGACGACGACGAUGAAGAUGAUGAAAGUUUUGAAGAAGAUGAUGAGGAGGAAGAAAGUGGUGAAGAGAAGAAGCCAGUUAAAGGUAAAAAACCUGAGACACCAGCUCAAAAGAAAAAUCAAGGAAAACAAGAGAUGUCAGCUCAAAAGAAAAUUCAGGGGAAAGCUGAUACACCAUCUCAAAAGAACAAAAAAAUAGAAACCCCUAAAGGAAUUAAGAGGAAAGGACAAGAUGAAGUUAAAGAGCUAAAUGCUAAAAAGGCAAAAGGUUUAGAAGAUGAGGAGGAGGAUGAUGAUGAUGACGAUGAAGAUGAUGACAGUUUUGAAGAUUUAGAAGAUGAAGAGGAGGAAGAAAGUGAGGAAGAGAAGAAGCCAGUUAAAGGUAAAAAACCUGCGACACCAGCUCAAAAGAAAAUUCAGGGGAAAGCUGAUACGCCAUUUCAAAAGAAGAAUGAGAAAACAGAAACCCCUAAAGGAGUUAAGAGGAAAGGACAGGAUCUUGAAGAUGUAGAUGCUAAAAAAGCAAAGGGUUUAGAAGAUGAAGCUGUCAAGAUGUCAGAGGAAAGAGUUAAAGAAAGAAAUUCUAGGACUCUGUUUGUUGGACAGUUACCAGCCGAUACAACAUUAGAUGAAGUAAAAGCCCUUUCCCCAGACAUCACAGUUUGCAGAAUUCCCAUGAGAAAUGGCAAAAAGAGCAGUGUGUAUGCAUUUGUAGAGUUCAACAGUGAGAAAAAGGCAGAAGAAAAUUAUGAGAAACUGCAAAAGAAAACUGUAGGUGGGAAGCAAAUUGUAAUUGACUACACUGGUGAGAAAAGUGCAAACUACAAGAAAUCACCUGAGGUUAAUCGGGCCGUAGACAAGAAAGUUUUGUUCGUUGGUAGUGUAACUUGUGAUAUCUCAUUAGAAGAUCUUGCUAAAGUUUUUCCAAAUUCCUCCCAGAUUGAUUUUGUCAAUCCUCCUGGCUGCUCUUCUGGCAGGAAUGUAUAUGUGAAGUUCAAUACUGAAGAAGAAGCUGCAGAAGCGUUUUCAAAAACUGGGAAGUUAAAGAUUAAAGGCAAUUCCUUGACGGUACUUUUUGCCCAUGCCAGGAUAAGAUCAAAGAAUAUGAAGACAUUUAGAAAGAAAGACUUUGGCAAAAGAAUGGGUCAGAGGAGACAGAAAUUCCAAUUUAAGAAGAAAGAAGAGAGUGACAAUGACAGUGAUGAUGAAUAAAUAAAAAAGCCAUUGAUUCAUUUUUAUUGUUGGAGCAUUUUAUGUCUUGUUUACAAAUGUGUACUUUUAAAUCCAUAAUUAUUGUACGAAAGAAAGGGGGCUGUUCAUUAAAUAGUUUCUUUUAUAAUAAUGAAACUUUCUGUAGAAGUCCUAUGUGUGUGUCUUGGGAAGUAAAAAAUUGGAGGUGUUAAAUUCAUUAA